AUGGAGGAACAUUUGAAGCACCUUGAAGUAGUGUUACACCUUUUAAGGCAGAACCAGUUGUUUGCAAAGAGAAGUAAAUGUGAAUUUAGCCAACCCCAAGUAGAAUAUCUUGGUCAUAUUAUUGCAGGUGAUGGGGUGAGUACUGAUGAAAACAAAGUGGCUGCUAUGGUUGAUUGGCCUCAACCUGUUACUUUGAAGGAGUUAAGGGGUUUCCUGGGCCUCACUGGAUAUUACAGAAAAUCUUUCCAGGAACUAAAACAAGCUAUGACAGUUGCUCCAGUGUUGGCUUUACCAGAUUUCAACAAACCUUUUAUUUUGGAAGUGGAUGCCUGCAAUAUUGGAGUGGGUGCGAAAAUGCAAGACGAGGGAGACCCAUCGAGCAAGAGACAUCAAGGGCUAUCAACUUAUGAGAAAGAGUUGAUUGCCCUCUCUUGCGAUGGAUAA